AUGCCGCUUGACAAGCUCGAUUACGUCUCAUCCGUCUGGAGGGACAACCUCUUUGCCGGCAAGGUCGUCUUCUGCACCGGCGGCAGCGGAUCCAUCUGUAGCGCUCAGGUCCGCGCGCUCGUCCACCUCGGCGCCGACGCCUGCAUCGUCGGGCGGGAUACCGAGAAGGCCCUGUCCGUCGCGAAGGACAUCUCGACGGCCAGGCCGGGGAGCAAGGUGAUUGGGAUUGGUGCCGUUGAUGUCCGGAAGGUUGAGUCUCUACAGGGAGCUGUGGAUAGGUGUGUAGAGGAGCUCGGUGGUAUUGACUUUUUGAUUGCCGGAGCAGCAGGCAACUUCCUCUCCCCCGUUUCCAACCUCAGCCCGAACGCAUUCCGCUCGGUGAUUGAGAUUGACCUCAUCGGCUCGUUCAACGCCACCAAGGUCUGCCUGCCCCAUCUCCUAGAAAGCGCCAAGAAGCACAAUUCCCAGGGCGCGAUCCCCAAAUCUACAGCAGCUGGGCCCGGUGGCCGCAUCAUCUACGUCUCGGCGACCCUCCACUACACGGGGACCCCAUUGCAGACGCACGCUGCCGUCGCAAAGGCCGGGGUAGACACGCUCUCGAACAACAUCGCCAUAGAGUACGGGCCCCUAGGCAUCACCUCCAACAUCAUCUCGCCGGGUCCCAUCGCCGACACGGAGGGCGUGCAGAGGCUGGUGGCCAACUCAGCGUCAGCAGCCAAGACGCAAGCCAAGAUCAUCCCCCUGGGACGAUGGGGACUCGUCAAGGAGAUUGCGGACGCGACCAUCUGGUUGUUCAGCGAUGCGGCGAACUAUGUGACUGGGCAGACGACGGUCGUUGAUGGCGGUGCGUGGCGGACGCAGUCGCCUUCUGGGUCUUCCUUCCAGUAUCCGGAUUUCCUCCUUUCUGGGGAGAAGAUCACGGGGGUUAAAGGGACGAAGAAGGAAUCACUUAGCUCGAAGCUGUAG